AACAACAAUUUCUAUAUUUCAAAGUUUGUUGAUAGACAUUUAAUUCUUAUAUAUAUACAUAUUCAACCAUUGCAUUACAAUGCCUUCUACCACUGACAAUAGCUAUUAUCAUUACACCACCUCCAAGCAUAUAAAUAUUAACGACCUAGAUAUGGAGUACGAUAAUGAAGAGAUAUUCGAACUUGAAGACACUGAUUCCAUAUCGGAUGCUUCUACUAUUUCUUCCAUAAACAGUAUACAUCAAGAAUCACCAUUGUUGUCAUCAACAUAUUAUCAACAAUACAAUUCCAGUGAAGAAAACGUUGACUUGUUGUACGAAUGUUGCAUCUGCAAGCAAAAGAUGAGUAAUGAUACUCUUCAUGAUUGCCUAUCCACUAUUUCUGGUGAAAAACCUGAUAUUGUUAUUCAAAGUAAUAACGAGUUAAUUCAAACUAAUUAUAGAAAAUGGUUGUUUAACAUCACACCAAAUGUGCCGUUCUAAUGGUGAUACUUUCAUUGACACUUUUUGAUAUGAUUACGACUACUAUGAACUAUGAGUACAACCACUGGUAUCUACUGAAUACACUUUUGGUUGUUAAUUGAUUUAGAUUUGGAUAAUUUUUUGGCUUUGUUUCUGGAUUGGCUGUUAUUUUUUUUUGUGGGGUAAUUUACUUUUAUUUUAGGUUAUGAUUUUAUACUGUUGCACAUGGGGAUACGGGUUUUACUUUAGGGAUAGUUUAACUUCUAGUUUCCUUAUUUAUAGAUAUUUAUUAGUUAUUUAAUAUAGUCACUUGUACUUAGAGUAUAUUUGUAGGUCUU